AUGAGUGACGAAGUCCCGUACUACUGCAGCGCCGAGGCGCUCUGGGACGUCGAGGGGGAGGAAGAUGUGGAUCUCCCUGUUACCAACCUGACCGGCGGGGAGGAUGGCCCCCCUGACAUGGCUCUGGACCCUGCGUGGUUCUGGAAAAACGGCGAAAAGAUCAAGGUCCGUUUUCUCGACGGCUCCCCCGUGUUGCAGGCCAGGGUUCGCACCUACGCGGAGGAGUGGGAGAAGUAUGCCAACAUUGACUUCGUCUUUGUCACCGAGGGCAACGCCAGCAUCCGCGUACGCUUCAAGAACCCGCGGGACCCGAAGGACAAGACCACCGACUCGCAGCUGGGCACUGGGGCCAAGAAGUUCGUCAUCGACCAGAAUCAGCCGACCAUGCGGCUCUACUCGCUCAACGAUGAUACCAAAGAUGACGAGGUUUGCCGGGUGGUGCUGCACGAGUUUGGCCACGCGCUCGGUUGCGUGCAUGAGCACCAGAGCCUGGCGGCCAAGAUCGAGUGGAACGAGGAGCAGGUGUUCGCCGACGCCAAGAAGUUCUACCACUGGGACAAGGAGAAGGCGCGCAACCAGAUCAUGAAGGUGAACGAGCAGGCCACGCUGCACUCGAGCUUUGAUCCCAAAUCCAUCAUGUGCUACAUGAUCCCGCCCAAGUGGACCAAGAACGGCCGCGGCGUCAAAAAGAACCUGACGUUGUCCGAGACCGACAUCAGCUUCAUCCGCAAGGCGUACCCCUUUCGCACGCGCAACGCUGGCCGGCUGAGCGUGGUCCCGGAGAUUCGCCCAAUCUACCCGCCGCUCGCGCUCAACUCAAAAGUGAUCGAUUUCGACCCGCCGUACACGGCCACGCCGCGGGUCGUCCUCGGCCUGACGCUGCUCGACGCCUCGCACGAAACCAAUGUCCGCGUGCACCUGCACACCCCGUCGGAAAGCGAGCGCGGCAAGGCCAGCUUUACGCUUAACUUGGAUGCCUGGGCCGACACGAAGCUGUAUAAUGCUGCAGCCACUUGGCUAGAAUUCAGCAGGGGUGAGGUCGAAUACGAGGUUGGCGAAUACAACACCCUCGACACUCGGCCCAACUUUAGGCAACCCGCACUCCCUUCCCCAGACAAUCCUGGCCUCCGGCGCGACAUAUCCCACGUCGACUUCCGCAAGGGGAAAUACACCUCCCCGCCCAACAUCCUCAUCUGGCUCACGGCAUUUGACUUCGACAACCGGUAUAACUGGCGCGUGCGAGCGGCGGCACACAACGUGACUGCCUCCGGCUUCGACGUGGUCAUCGAGUCGUGGGGCGACACAACCCUGUACAGCGCGGCGGCCGAGUGGGUGGCGUACCCCAAAGACCAGGCCGGUGUGUUGAGUGGGCGGGUGAGUUCGAACGAUUACAGGAACUGGUUCCCCGCACAGGCUGGGAAUCAGGGCAAGGUGAGGUUUGCGGUGCCGUUUGAACGGCUUAAUCCGAAGGUGUUUAUGGCGCUGAGUGAGUUGGAUAUGGACUCCUCGCGCAACUUGAGGGUCAAGGUGUAUGCCGACAGGGUGUCGAGUGAGGGGUUCACGUGGCAUGGGGAUGCAUGGGAAGAUAGUCUCUUGUAUUCCGUGGGCGCGGAUUGGAUUGCCUUUGGGUAG